UGCAUGAGAAACAGCUGUGCAUAUCUGUAAAAGGAACUCACAAAUAUUCCAAAGGAUAACCCAGCGGGAACAUUGUAGAUUAUAUCUAAUACCGACCAUCUGGUAUCCAAAUAUUUUUCAUUUUAAUGAGAAAAAAGUAAAAUCUACAAAAGAAAAGGAACCCUGUAUUAAGAAUUCAAAACGUUUGUUAACUCGAUAUGAGACAUUACAUUGAAAACUCUAGAGGUCCGAGAACAUAAUUUAAAUUGUUACUGAACAUGCCUGACGAUUGGAAAUCGACGUUGCAUUUGGGCGAUUUUGAUAGAGUUUGCUCGAGACUGCAGUCCUCUAAAACCCAAGGAUUGACGAGUUCGUUGGCAAAAAAGCGACUACUUUUGAAUGGAAAGAAUAAGUUCACGUUGCCGGAACGGCCAGAAUCGAAGUUGAGGAAAUUUUUGAGAAACUGCUUUUAUGGUUUUGGAAUUUUAUUGUUCAUAAGCUUGAUAUUCUGUUUCAUUUUGUAUCAUCUGAAACUGCAGUCACCGCAUGAGGAACACGAUCCAGAAUAUUGCAUAAUCGGCGUACUUUUAUCAAUAAUUUUCCUCAUAUCGGGUCUGUUUCGUUAUCUACACGACAAUGACGAUUAUGGCGUGGUCUUGGCUUUCAGGGAUCUGAUGCCCAUGUAUUGUACAGUACUCCGAGAUGGACGCAAGCAGAUAAUUCGUUCGGAAGAUGUUGUUUUGGGUGACAUUCUACUGAUCAACUAUGGGGAACGCAUUGCGGCAGAUGUUCGAUUCUUUAUCGCGCGCGAUUUGGAAGUGAAUAAUGUGGCCCUCACCGGCUAUUCGGUGCCCGUGAUAAUUUGUCCAGACCAUAUCAAUAGGGACAAAUGGGUGGCUCGCAAUGUGGGCUUUGCCUGCAGUCAUGUAACAAAGGGCUAUGGCGAGGGUUUGGUCAUAGCCUGUGGCAAUGAUUCGGAAGUCGGGAUUAUGGCGCGGCUGAGCAUGGAACCUCGUCCCCGCAGCAGACCCCGUAGGCAUAUUAAAGAGGUCACGUAUUAUACACAUAUCGUGAGCAUAUUGAUGUUUUUCAUUCUGCUUUGUACGAUUUCGGUGGAGGGCCUGACCUUCCAGAUGUUGAUAGAGUUCAAUGUGAGCCUGACGAUUUCCUUGGCGCCCUUGUAUCUGCCCACCCUGAUGUACUUCGGCCUGUGGCAGACGAAACGUACUCUGCUCGAGAGUGGUUGUUAUGUUCGAAACAUGGAGGCUGCCUCUACGCUGGGCUUAACGACAGUUAUAUGCAGCAGUUUAUUUGGAUCCUUGACAGUGCGUAGCUGGACAGUCUCGGAGCUGUUUGUCGAUGGUGAACUCAGCAAUGCCGAACACCUCCAUGUAGCGGAUCUGAAUGAGCGUGUUCUGGAGCUGGUACGCGUUUCAGUGCUGUGUAAUCGGGCCGAUUUGACUCCCGGCCAGAGGGGCGUGCCGCGUAUGAUGAAGACUUUGGACGGAACCGACUAUGAAAAGGCUUUGCUAAAGUUUGGCAUGCGCUUCUUUUCCAGCAUUUUGCAGUUGCGUCGCCAAUAUAAGAUAUUGGCUAGCAAACCGUACGACACGGUGUCCCAUAUGCAGGUGAGCGUACACCGAACCGUGGACGCUAAUGGAGAAAAAAACUAUUAUCUUUUCGUGAGAGGCUUCUGGAAUGUGGUUCUUGGUUAUAGCAGCACUUGCUAUGUCAAGAAUAAGCUGGUGGAACUGGACGAUAUUCAUCGAGAUACCAUUGUUGAUACUGUCAUUAGGCUGAAGAAGAUAGGCCGGCACACAUCUGCAUUUGGCUCUAAGGUGUUGAGCCCUGAUGAUCAAAUGCUGUCGCUGAUCUCGAACGGUUUUGCUAAUAAGGAGAAGAGGUCGUUUGACAAAUUCAUGAAACUAUACUGCAACUCUCUGUGCUUUCUGGGCCUAAUAUCCAUAUUCAAUCCGCCCAUUUUGAAUGUGAGAAAUGCGGUGGAUCGUUGCCGCUCGGCUGGCAUCAAACUGGUGCUACUGACCCGUGCCGAACUAAGUUUCGCUCGAGCGAUUGCCAAAACUGUUGGUGUCAUUGGCCAGGAUAGCGAAACCAUUGAAGAUGUGGCGGCACGCCUCAACAUACACGAGUCGGAGGUGAAGCGCAGCAUGAUAACUGCGGCUGCAAUCAACAUGCAGAACUGGCAAAAGAAGCUGCAUCAUCAGCGCUGGGACACACAGCAAUUGCUAAUGGCCCACGUGGAUCUGGUCUUUGCCGACAUUGCUGUCGAGCAGCGCUACAUGAUUGUCGAUGUGUGCCAACAGCUGGGCGCUGUGGUCACCGUGAUCGGCAGCUCUGUGCAUGAUACAGCCGCCAUUCGACGUGCGAACAUAGGCGUUGCCGAGUGCGCCUCCUCGCAUGCGAGCCAAUCCUCAGCCGAUAUUAUUCUGUUGGAGCACAAUUUCGUAACGCUGGUUAAUGCCAUUGCGGAGAGCCGCCUGCUGUUCGAGAAUAUGAAAAAGGCUUUGGCCUAUGCCCUGUCCUCGAAUAUGGCUGUGAUUAUGGUGCACUUGUCAUUUAUUGUGUUCUUGAUUCCAUUUCGACUGUUUCUGAUCAUUUUGCUGCUCAUUGAUAUUUUUGUGAACGCGUUGCCUGCGCUGUCGCUGUUCUAUGAGCGUCCCGAGGUAGAUCUCAUGAAUCUGAAGCCGAAAGUCUUUGACGACCAUCUGAUCAACAGACGCCUGAUUUUUGUGGCCUACGUACAAGUGGGCAUCAUUGAAGCCAGCGCCGUGGUAAUCACCUAUUUUGUAUACAUGGCAUAUAAUGGAUUUCUGCCCAGGCAUUUGAUUGGUCUCAGCGUGGACUGGUACGAUGACUCCGUCAAUGAUUUGGUCGACUCCUAUGGGCAAGAAUGGACUAGAGCGGCUCGCAAGCAGCUCGAAUAUGAGAUUGCCUCGGUUGUUUUCAUCACCUUGGUGAUAAUGCAGUGCAUCAAUUUAAUAUUGACCAAAACCGGACAUGCAAAUCUCUUAAAACAUGGCUUUGCCAAUGUUCGUUUGAAUAUUGCCGUCGUUUAUAUGGUCUGUCUUGGCUUUCUGUUCACAGUUCUAAAUAGUCCAGAAUAUUUGCGAAUUUCGCAUGUGCACUAUACACCGGUAUUCUGGCAUAUUUUUCCACUGAUUGUGUUGAAUAUAUUUCUAGAGACCGCUCGUCGUUAUGUAUUCAGACAUUUUCCCGGCAGUUGGCUCGAGCAGGAGAUGUUUUACGGAUAUUUAUAGAUUAUUGUUCUCCAUACAUUUACAAGAUCGAACAACGACCGAUUUAUCUGUCAGCUAAAAUAAAUCAAUGUAUGAAAGCGAAAACUAUUUUAGUAUUAUA